AUGAAGUUCACUGCCGCCACCGCCGCCAUGGUCAUUGCCUUCUGCGCCACCCAGGUCGUAGCCACUCCCACUCCCUCCAUGCGAUUCCGCCCCGAUGUGAUGCGCAAGGCCACUGGUGAGGAGAAGCACCCUUACAUCAUCCCCCAGGCCGUCCUUGCCAACAUGGACCUCAAGCGCUGCUUGGCCGAGUGGGACGCACCCAACAACAAGAACAGCACCAAGCCCGACCAGAACGCCGACAAGGUCAUGCAGCAACUCCAGAAGGCCUUCAAGGACGCCAAGUACACCCACAUCAACAUCAAGGCCGAGCCAAAGCGCAAUAACAAGGCCUUCGUCCGCAAGAUCGAGAAGUACAUCGAGACCCUCAAGAAGGUCGUUGAGAACGCCAAGAAGAACUCAAACAACAAGAGAUCUCUCGAUGCCCCUGCUGACGAGUCUGUUGACGCUCCCGCCGAUGAGUACGCCGGAGAGGCUCCUGCCGAUGAGUUUGUUGGAGAGGCUCCUGCCGACGAGUCAGCUGGCGAGGCCCCCGCAGAUGAGUUUGUUGGCGAGGCACCUGCCGAUGAGUUUGUAGGAGAGGCCCCAGCAGAUGAGUCUGCGGGCGAGGCACCAGCUGAUGAGUACGCCGGAGAGGCACCAGCUGAUGAGUCCGCUGGCGAAGCCCCAGCUGAUGAGUUCGCCGGAGAGGCCCCAGCAGAUGAGUCUGCGGGCGAGGCACCAGCCGAUGAGUUUGUCGGAGAAGCCCCAGCUGAUGAGUCCGCCGGAGAGGCACCAGCCGAUGAGUUCGUCGGAGAAGCACCAGCCGAUGAGUCCGCCGGAGAGGCUCCAGCUGAUGAGUUUGUUGGCGAGGCCCCAGCCGAUGAGUCCGCUGGCGAGGCCCCCGCAGAUGAGUUCGUCGGAGAGGCUCCAGCUGAUGAGUCUGCCGGCGAGGCACCAGCCGAUGAGUUCGUCGGAGAGGCUCCAGCUGAUGAGUCUGCCGGCGAGGCCCCCGCCGAUGAGUAUGUCGACGCCCCAGCCGAUGAGUCUGUCGACGCCCCUGCCGAUGAGUCUGUCGACGCCCCAGCCGACGAGUCAACCGAUGCUCCUGCCGAUGAGGAGGCCCCCGCCGACGAGGUGGCACCAAUCUACAAGCGCGAUGUCAAGAUCCAGGGUGGCUGCAAGAGGCCCGAGGAUGUCCUUGUUGCCCUCCUCCAAGUCGAGCUCAAGCAGGGACCUGGCCGCUUCGGUGGUCCCAUGGGCCCCCGCCGCAAGGCUCCCCGCUACCGUGGUCCUCGCUUCCCUUCUUGGUGGUAA